AUGAAUAUAUUAAAGGGGAAAAACAUUAUAACAACCUGUUUAGCGAAUUUUGAAAGAAGGCGUGGAGGAGGGAAAAGUAACCUCUGUGCAUUUCACACGAAACAAAAGAAGAAGAAGAAAAAAGAGAAAGGUCUAACUGAUAGCAGGAAGGGGACAAACUUUUUAAAAACGUUAUGCAAUAAAAACUUUAUCAAUCAUUUGGAUCCUAUAAAUUUAUUUGAAAAUUUGAAACACGUAACUGAGUGUAGUGUCGGCGAAGAUGUCAUUAGGAAUUAUCUAUACAGAGUAAAACUACUAAACGAACAAUGGAGCCUUAACAAAAUAUACUUCAUUUUAAAAACGCUCGUGAAGUAUAACCUUCGCGAUGUUGUGCUGAUGAACAAGCUGGAGAAGACGAUUAACGAGUUAGUUCCACUAUGCCAGGGAAAUAAGGCAGAAAAAGACCCCUUUGAAAAUGUGUACAUUGUGAGGAUAUCCUACAUUCUGCAUGCGUUCUGUCAUUUCGGGUAUACAAAUUGUGAAGUGGUGGAAACGUUAGUAAACAUUUUAAGCACCAAGUUUGAUUACAUCAUUUUUUAUACCAACUAUGUGGGUCCAGUGUUUAACGAGUAUGCUCUGGUCUGUGAGGAAAACGGCCACUAUGUUGUGAGGGGGAAUACCUCAGCUGCCGCGUCGCCUGACGUGGAAUGGCAAAGGCGCGGCGAAGUCUUCGUCAGGAACAUAAACUUCAACGAGAUCUACCUCAUUGUGAACACCAUGAAAGGCUGGGAACACACAAAUAAGGUCUUGCUAAACAAGCUCAAAUUUCUGUUUUAUUUUAACUGCAUAGACUUAGACAGGGGAACUGAUAGCAACUACAAAUAUGUUACCCUUCUCUUCCAUUUCUUUUACGAACCGGGUGACAUACAUCUGUCAAACAUUAUGAAAUUUUUUUUAGAAAAACAUGCAGAUAUGAACAAUGUGCAUGACCUGGUUUUAACGCUGGUGACGGUUUACUACGAGGGCCUCGAAAAGAGAGGGAACCUUAUCAGUAUGAGUAGCAGCAGAGACGUCCCAGGGGAGAGGCCACUUCACAACGAAGGACAUCUUAACAGUACCCAUAGGAAGAACCUGAAAUAUCUGCAAAGCGAUGAUAUAAUUAGCGUGAUAGAAGGAAUUCCUUUUAUCCCUAAUGGGAAGAAGCAAAAAUUGAAGGCGAUUCUGCAGCAUGUGGGUCAGCACAGCAGUGUUAGGAGCACGAACUUUGUCGAUCUUAUAUACGAAAAAGUUUUACACAUGUUGAGCCGUAAAUAUGAGGAGGAAGAGUUCAAAGGGGAAGAAGCCCCUGGCGCUAAAUUGUCGCAAAAUGUACAAGUCACGCUAAAAAGGAGAGCAAAUGAAGCUUCGCUAUGCCCAAGUGAUAAAUCAAGUGAACUACAAAGCUUAACCGAGUUGGUCAAAAUUCGCAUCUGUACUUUUGGAGAAGUAGAUUCUUUAUUCUAUUUGUACUUAAAAAAUAAAGUGCACCUUUUUAACAUCGAUACGGUACUGAACAUAAUGAAAAGCUUUCUUUUUGUGUACCAGCUGCAGAAUGAGUUGAGUAAAAACUACCAUAGGGUACUACAUCUAACUGAUACUUAUACAAAUGUUGUAAGAAACAAUUUAGGCAGUCUAACAAGUCUGAUCAUUCAGAUGGUUAGCUCCAUGUCCUUAGACAGACUUUAUGCCUUAUGCAGUUUGAAAGAUCUCAGCAUGUUGCUUUAUUUCUUCUACCAAAUAGGCAAUAUAUUCGUGAACCCAAUGUUUGAAGAAUUGUACUUAAAAAAGGUACAAAGGUAUGUAGACAGUAUUGUAAUUACCAAGUUGAAGUUCCUUCUGAGUGGAGGAAGCCGGGAUGGUCACCCCCCAUCUGGCGUCACCGCAGAUCUUUGGGGUAGGAAAAAAACAGAAGAAUGUGAUGUAAAGAGGAAACGGGAUAGCACGCUACCUAUAAUACACACAAAUGGAACAUAUUCGAGUGAGAAAAAAGAGGUGCUGGCUAACCGUGGCGGUGGGAGUUACCAACUUGGCGGUGCUAUGCAGUACCGCCUUAAGGUACGAAGCAGUGGGGAGAACGAAAGGGAAGGCACUGGUGGGUAUUUCCCAAAUGUGCAUUGCCCAAAUAGCGCAUGCGAGGAGCACGGAGAACCAAUUGACGUCCACAUUUUACUGCUCAAUAUGUACAGCAAAAGGGGACAAAACAAAAAUGUAAUUCAUAUGUUGUUGGAGAUAUUGAAUAGGCACCAAGUAGGAAGGAAAAUAAUUCCUUGCACGAUUUAUGUAAAUUUACUAAACUCUUUUGCCAAACUGAGGUACCGAAAUUUGGAUCUGAUCGGCACUUGUUUACAAAAAAUUAGUGAACACUCGGGGGAAUUGCAUUUUUUCGAGUACACCAAUCUGCUCAUCUCCCUAUCGAAGCUUAACGUGUUUGCUGUUAAUCUGAGUAUGUACGAUGGGGUGUUUUCCCCCCAAGAUGGUCCUCCCCGCGGCUGCACUUAUCAAGACGAGACAAACCGAAUCUUCCUGAAUGAGUACAACGGCGAGGACACAAAACGAUUCGGCGAGGCAAAAAUUGUCCACUAUUUAAAAAUAAUUUUGAAGCAAAUAAACGAAAGUAUCAGUAACUUUGUCGCUAUCCCAAAUUACAAAAUGGCCAACGUCAUACCAAACGUGCUCAGCAGUUAUACAGUUUUGGGUUUUGACAAAAUUGAUUUUAAAAAUGUGAACAAAUUGUUGGAGUGUUUUCAUGACUAUGUGUUUGGUUACUUCCGGGAAAGACUCCUGAGCGGUUGUAGAAGCCGCUCAAGCAGUGAUAGUAGCCGCCAAACCCGUGAUAGCAGCCGCAGCGUUGGCGACACCAACCCGAAUGAGGGUGAACGUAAGGGAAAUGAACACUCAUAUUUGCACCAAGACAUUCUCACCUGCAUGAAUAACCCAAUCAGAAAAAACCACUACUGGUACUUCAGUGAAAAAAACAACAUCAUAGUAAGGGGAAAGGACACCAAUGAGACGCUGUACCUUCCAAUUCAGUGCUUAUACCAAGUGUACAUUUUUAAUGUCUACUUCGGGGCGUACGUGCAGCGCUUGUUUAGUUCCUACGGAUGUGGAAAAGUGGUUUCAGGGCAAGUACGAAUUGGGGAGGCGCUAAUUGGCCAAUCCGGUGGAGAAAGCAGUUCACGAAGCUUUCCAAACAGUACAAAUUUAUUCUUAAAAAACAACCCAGAUGUUAAAAAACCCGAAACUUCCACCCUUCUAAGCGAACGCAGCAAGCACAUCCUAAAUAACGUCACUUUUUUUGUCAAGUAUAUAAACAAUUUUUAUAAAAAGAAGAGGUAUGAAAGGUACAAUCUUUGCACACAGUUUGUGCACAGGUGUGGGGAUAAGGCAGCCUCAAAUGAACAGCUAAUUCAUUACGUAAAAAACUGUUGCAUGAAAAUCAAGUGGGACCUUGCUAGUGUACAUUCGUCCAGUUUUCACAGAGAGGUACUAUCCACGGUGCUUUCACUGGGCGUUAAAAAUGUGCAGUGCGAGGUCCCAUUCAUGGACGGAAUAUACACCGUGGAUAUCGUCAUUAACAAUUCGGUAUGCAUAGAAAUUAACGGAAGCAACCAUUACUACUACGACAACAACUUGAGAAGAUCAGGAGAAAAACUCGAUGCCCUAAACCUGAUAAAGUAUUACUUGCUGAGCAAAAAGUACAAAUUAAUUUUGGUCUCGUACCUGGACUGGAAUAAUCUAAAAAGUGCUGAGGGGAAGAAGGACUACUUGGUGAAAAGGAUGCACGCGUAG